AUGCAGGUCAACGCAGAUAUGCACUUUCUCGGAAGGCUUGAGAAGUAUCUGUCAGAGAAACCUUACAGCUUGAGAUAUCCCCCAUCGGACAAAAUCCCGCAGUCUAACGUCGAGAGAGAGAAACACAUUCUCACGAUAACCAGCAUCCGGGGCUUGGGUGACCUUGGCAUAGACACGUACGGCUUCGACGUGAUAAUCCUCAACUCCAAGAUGAAGUAUGAGGACUUCAGCUCGGAGGAGAGCAUCAAGUCCAUCUAUCUUUCGGAGUCUUGCGAGACGCUCCGAAAGCACCUGAACGCGAAAUGGGUUGUUCCCUUCGACUUUGCCGUUCGGCGUCGGCAUUCUUCGUUUCCCAUAUCGACCGGGGAAGAUUACGAAGCUGACCAGCCGACCGCGAUGGCCCACAUCGAUUUUUCGAACCAAGAAGGUGCUAGGCUCCUCCGCAGGAUGUUCGGCGAUCGCGCUGGUGACAUUCUGAAGGAUGACUGGAAGAUCGUCAAUACGUGGAAGCCUCUUCGGGGCCCUGUGAACGACUGGCCGCUAGCCCUAUGCGAUUCACGAACGAUAAGCCAUACGCAAGACACCAUGGCAGGGGAUAUUGUGUACCCUGAUUGGUUUACCGAAAAUGUCCAGGUCCAGUAUUCGCCGGGCCAGCAAUGGUACUAUCUCCCCGACCAUGCUACUAACGAAGUGAUUAUCUUCAAAAGUGCAGAGUCCAACGCGUCUCGUGUGCAAAGUACACCACACGCCAGCUUCUACAACCCACUUGUGAAAAAAGACGAACCGCCGCGCGAGAGCAUCGAUUGCCGAUUCUUCGUUCUGUAUUCUGAUUUGGAGGAUCUUCCCUUGACUAUUGACAACGUAGCUUCUAUGUAG